CGCCUUUCUCACUUAACAGGUGAGGUGAUUUAAACUUUGAAGUUCCGUUCAGUCAGCGAUGAAAAUGGAACUGAGAAACCUGAGCUAUGUCGACUCAAAUGUUUCGUGGCAAAAGUAUACGAUCACAGCGAAACCUAGUGGUUGUUCUCAUGGUAUCGUUGUUGGGUGGCAUCGCUUACGGCAUAUUUUCCAUUUCGAAAAACUCUGAAGUACUCAUUGAUUCAAAAUCGGCCUGCCUCAGAGAGGCAUUUUCAGACACUGUUUUGGUAAUUGUUUACAACUAUCCUAUCUACUCAAGUAUACCAGCGCUCACUGCCUUGUAUAAGAAUGCAUUUCCCACGAUAAUGUUUUGCGGACCGCGAACGACUGAGGACUACAUAAUUGAAGCUCUGUACAUUCACAAAGGAUACUUCUCCUACACGUGCAUGUCACGUGCCAUGGAGAAACAUCCGGGAUAUACAGGAUAUUUACUUAUCAACGAUGACGUAUUAUUAAACUAUUGGAACUUAGUUGGUUUGGACCGAGACAAAAUCUGGGAAGGGCCAAAGGGAACAAUACUACUAUUUAACUACACUCAGCCAGCAAAUUGGUAUUGGUGGAAUUCCACAUGGGGAACUAAAACCUGUCAAAAGUCCUACGAUGAAAUCUGGGGUUUGGGCAAGUUCUUGAAAUAUGAAUGGUUACCAAAGAUGGUUGAUUCGGAUAAUGACACCGACGCACUGAAUGCAAAGGUUCACCCCUGGAGCAUGAUAUGGGACAUGGAAGGGUCGAUAGAUAUUUUGAAAAAGAAUGGAAAUGGCACGCCGUAUUGUCAUCGUGGUCGCUCCGAUAUAUUUUACAUACCUGGUAAAUUUGCGGAAGCGUUUCAAACACUCUCCUAUAUUUUCUACAAGCAUCGUUCAUUCUUAGAAAUUGCAGUUCCCACGAUGUGUCGGAUGCUUGACAAGGCGGAAAAUUUUGAGUUUAUUCCUGGGAUUUACCUGCCCGGAAAAGCGGGAGAGCCUCUGGUUAGGAAGGCUGAGCACUUCUGGAAAUCAUAUGACGAGACCUUGGCGUUCGUUCAUCCGUUAAAACUUAACUAUAAACUUGACGGAGCCCUGAACAUGGCUUUGCUAAGAAGCAGGAUCGUGAAGUACAGUGACAGGGUUAGUAAAUGCUAAAGGAAACUGACGUGAAGGCCCUUUCCUAACCGAUAACCUACUUUCGAUAUGUUAACUGAAUUCAGACAAGGUUUAGAGGCUUGGGGGAAAUCACAU